AUGGAACUUUUGGCAUCAUUUUUAAAUCUCAAUGAUUUAUCAAAUCAUAUUACAACAUCCAUGUCAAAUAUUCUUACCUAUCAGAAUGAACCAAGUAGACAAGAAAAAGAAAUCGAAGAACUGAGUCAAGUUUUAGACGCUCUACCAAUAAAUAUACACAUUGAUUCAAUUUCAAUUUCAAGUCAACUUUUUGAUUAUUUAUUACAAAAUUCACCAUCAAUGCAUCACUAUCGUUUAUUAUCUGCAUGUUUAAAUUUCAUGAAAAUAGAAGAUCGUCUUCAUCGUAUAAAAAAUAUUCUUCUAAUUAUUCUUGACCAUGAACAAACAUUAGAAUUUCGUGAACUUCUAUGCAAAUUACUCAACAGUACUGAACAUUCUAUUUCAUUAUCGUUAAAUUACGAUUGGACACAAUUAGAAACAGCAAUGUACAGUCAACAUGACCCAAAAUUUCUUACUUAUGUUUGGCGAUUUUUUUCUAAACAUCAUCAAACUAAACUAGAAGACAUUCUUGUUCGUACAUUGCCAAUAAUUAAAAAUAAUGAUGAAUUAUUUCUUCUGUUACUAAUCGAUUUACGAUCCAUAAAACUCUUUAUUACAAUGCCAUCAUUUUGGUAUUUAUUACAACGUUCAUUAGGUGAUUGUACAUUGAAUACUGAUCGUACACGAAAAUGUGCUUUAUAUUUAUUUCAACAAAUAUUAAUCAACGAUGAAUAUAAACAUAUUGAAAUCAAAGAGGAAAAAUUCAACCGAUCUCUAAUUUUAAUCGAUGAGACAACAAAACAAUUUUGGGCUGAUUUCAUUGUUCUUUAUGAAAUGCUUGAAGAUGGCGUUGUUCAUUUAAUUAAGCCACUGUUAACAAAAUUCGAUCGACUUCUAAGUUUUUCGCAUGAGCACGAGUUAUCUUUAACAUGGUUAUUUAUUUUACUACAACGUUUAUUUGCUAAUUCAAGUUCUCCACUUGCACGCUGGACUAUUCGAUGGUUUUUUAAUGCAAUGAAAUUGCCUGAUAGUCAUGUAGAAGACUUCUUUCUUGAAUAUGUUGUUGAUUGGUCAUCAAAUAAUUUUGUUUUUCUUAAAGGCGAAGAGAUAAGUGAUUCACAACCUAUGGAACAAUGUUUAGAAUCUUAUCUUGAACGAUGGCUUAAUCAUAGUGAAAAUCCAAACGCAUGCUUAUUAACAUUGCUAUCACGCAUACAAACAAUUAAAUGGUCACAACUAUCGCUCGUACGUGUCUUAUAUUCCUUGAGAACAUUCGCUUUGACUCAUCAAAAUCAAUCUCUAUUAAAUGAUGAUCACAUAAAAAUAUUCUCAUCAAUCAUACUAACACAAUUUCAUACAUAUGCACCAGUUCUUCGUCUAUCGGCAUAUGCAUCCAUAUUUGAUAUUGCUAUUAACCUUCUUGAUUGGUCGAUUUCAUCAGUAUCAUCAAAUCUCCUGCGAUUUUUUGCAUUCUUUGAUCGAUCAACAUUUUUAUCGAAACAUUUUCAAACUAUAUCAACUUAUUUCGCAUUCAAUAUUCGACAAUUACAAACAUUAAUCGAAGAAUUUCUUGUAUCCGAAGAUUUCAAUAGCUCAUUAGAUACUCGAUUAUUUUCGCUGGAUAAUACAUUAAUGGAAUAUCGUCAAAUAGCAUUUCUACUUGACCUUAUUGAUAUUCAUAAUACAGACAUAUUAAAAACAAUAUUUAAUCCGCUCAUUGAAAACAUUCGAACAGCUUAUCAACGUCCUUAUAUGUCAAUAAAUAAUGUUCGAAGAUCUAUUGAACUUUUUUCGUGUUUAAUACAAGAACAUUAUUUUCAUUCGUCGAAUUUCAUUAAAGAUUGGCUUUCAUCAAGUAUUCGAUUAAUUGUACGAGAAGGUUUAAAUUUCAUUAAAAUACAUUGUAUUAAACAACCAAUGGCUUUUGUAAAAUUACCAAUCGUAUUUUUAAUGAUUGGCAGCCACGAUGAUAUAAGCCGAUUUUUACAAGAAUUAAUAACUCAAAUUGAAACAUGCGCACAACAACAGCCAGGAAAUAAUUGGCAAUCUCUAUUGAUUUUAUUUGCUCAUUCGACGAAUUGGCUGUUAACACAUCGAUUAGCAGAUUUUAACAAUGAAUGGAAUACAAAACUUCGAAUUCUUCCAUCGCUCUCUAAACUUCUACCAUUACUCGAUCAACCAAAUGUCAGCAUUCCACAAGCCGAUAUGCUAGUUGCUAAGCAUCUAUUAAUCGCUAAUAAUAUAUCAUCAACAGAUUUAUGUAAUAAUAUCAUUGAUGAUCUAUUCAAAGCAUCGGCAAAGGAACUACCUCAACUUUUCCGUGCUAUUGGUGUUUUACUUCAGCAAGCACAAAUCACAAAUGAAACUAAAUGUAAAUUAAUAGAAAAUGCCAUGACUGCACUCAACGAACUGGACCAUCGAAUGCCAGUCUAUUGGCCUUGUUUAACAGCGUUUUCUCAAGCAAUUUCAUCGUCUGUUACAGACAUAAACGUUUCCACCCUAUUGACACAAUGGUUUACGCAGAUGCUUAAAACAUGUGGCCAUGUGUCAGGAAUAAUGAAUGUCAUACUCGAAUCAAUAGUUCCGAUAUGGCUACAUGAGCAUCGCAUUCAAUCAUCUCAUUUACCAGUUUUAAUUGAAUGUGUCAUUUUUGGACAAAUUUAUCAAAAAGAUAAAAAACAACAAUGGCAAGCAGAGCAACUGGUUGAACAAGAUGAAUCGACUCGUUUACUCAUUACUAAUACUAAUAUUAUACCUGAAUAUCGUUAUGAUCGGAAUAUUCGUGUAUUAAUACAAUUAUUUAUUCUUCAUAUUUGGCCAUCGUUACAUAAUGCUCAACAAAAUGAUAUUCUUUCGCAAGUCAUUGAGAAACAUCGUCAGGUCGCAUCAAAAGAACGACGACCACGUUUCUGUACGAAUUCUCUCGAACAUCGUAUUAUGUUUCGUUCUCUUCAAUGUAUUCUUUGUUUGACAUCUGCUAUCAAAAACUCGAGUCUUUUAAAAACAAUCUACGAUUAUAUAGUUGAUGCAUUAACACGAGAAAAUGAACCAUCACUUCGUUUACUCUCCGAAUGGAUUAUUAUUCGGUUAAUAUCAGAAGAUCGAACAGCAGGUCUAAAUGAUUUAUAUCAAUAUUUACAACAUGCUCAUCAACAUAAAACCGGAACUGUUUGUGCUUGGAUAUCCAUAGCAUCACAUAUUCCAAGUCUUCUAUCCGAUCAAGCUGAACAGAUUGACUAUUUAAAUAAAGUCUUCAAAUAUCUAAGUCCAUUAUUGAUACAUUCGAAUUUUCAUAUUCGAACUUUUGCUUGUUCAACAAUGAUUAAAUUACUGGAAUAUAUUGAACGGCAUAACCUACAAAAUGAAACAUCCUAUGAUGCUUAUCAAUUUUUUAAACUAAACGAUGAAAAAUCUGAGUACUAUCUUAUCUUCUUGGGUUUUUCUUUUCUAAAUUAUUUUAUCUAUAGACUUGCUCGAUAUACAACGAAACUUCAAAGUUUAUUUAUUUAUCAAUUCGACCCAAUACGAGAUUUUUCACUUGAAACAAUUUUUUAUAUAUUACCAAAACUAUCUUUAAUAGCCGAUGAUGAAUAUUUAUGGUCGAAAUGGUUUAUCGAAAUAGGUCAACAAUUACAUUUGACAUUUCCAAUAUCAGUUCAUAAUGUUUCCACAAUUUUACAGUCGUGUCCAAUGGGAAUAUGGAGAUUAACUGCUUCUGGAAAAAGUGAAAUUGGAGGAACACAAGAUGAAGAAGGAUCUUCGACGAUUCAAUAUAAAGCCAAUCCUUAUCCAGUUAUCGAAGCGCUUGAUGAUACUGAAUUAAGAGGAAGCAUUAAACGAACUGAAUUGAUUGUUGUUGCGUCUCUUAUUGAUAAACAAACAAAUUUAGGAGAUGAAUUUAAAAUUUUUAUUAACAAAGGUUUAAGUCGAACCGGUGAAGUUUUUGGUAUAAAAGAAUUAAUAAUUGGAAGUAUUCGUAUAUUGGAAGAUCAACAAUUUCUCAAUUUAAGUAUGACUUCUCAUAAAUGGUUACGUAUAAAACAAGUACAAGAAAGAGAAUUAAAAGAUUAUUUAAUUGAUAUGCAAGCUCAAGGAUAUACGAUCAUUGCGCUUGAACAAACAAUAAAUAGUCAAAAUUUAUAUGAAUUUGAAUUUCCAGAGAAAACUUUACUUUUACUUGGAAAUGAACGCGAAGGUAUUCGAGCUGAUCUUUUGUCUUUAGUAGAUGCAACCGUUGAAAUUCCACAAGCCGGUGUUAUUCGUUCAUUGAAUGUCCAUGUUAGUGGUGCCCUCUGCAUAUCUGAAUAUACAAGAAAUGGAUUGAUUAUUAACUUUUUACAAUUAUGUUCAUGUGUUAUAUGGCCAUUUAGCAAAGAACUGUAUAGAAAAAUUAAUUGCUUUCUAGCAUUGGGUAUAUGGAGUCAGUUUACUUUCUACGCUCAAUGGUGGUCUCAAAGUAAUUGUGUUUUGUAUAUAAAUCCUGAAGAUUUGGAAAAAGUUCGUCAUGAACAUGCAAUCGUUAUAAUGAACCAUAAAUAUGAUAUUGAUUGGCUUGCAGGUUGGAUUAUUUGUCAACGUUUAGGAAUUAUACAGGGAUCGAAAAUCGUUGGUAAACAAUCUCUUAAAUUAGUUCCUAUAGUUGGUUGGUGUUGGAUAUUUACUGAAUCAAUAUUUUUGCGUCGUGUAUGGGAAAGCGAUCGUGAAACAUUGGUUCACGACUUAAGCAAAGUUCUUGCUAAUUAUCCAAAAGAUUAUUACUUCAAUUUUUUACUUUUCUGUGAAGGUACCCGAUUUACCGAAAAGAAAAGAUUAAUGAGUAUGAAAAUUGCAAAAGAAAAAGGCUUACCAGAACUUAAACAUCAUAUUCUUCCACGUACAAAAGGUUUUACUUUAUUGUUACAAGGAGCAGAAAAUCGAAUCGCAGCUGUGUAUGAUUUAACGAUUGGUUUUAAAAAUACUGGAGCUGAACCAACACUUCUUAGUAUAUUAAAAGGACGUUCAUGUCAAGCAGAAAUAUUUGUCAAGCGUAUUCCUGUUUCGAAAAUUCCACAAGAUACAGAAGGAUGCAAUAAUUGGGUUCAUGAAUUGUAUCAAGAAAAAGAUAAAAUAUAUGAUUACUUUGUUAAUCAUGGUACAUUUGAAGGCAAUGGUUUACCACGUAUUGAAGUUCCACGUAAUUACUAUGAUUUAUUAAAUGAACUGGCUUGGAUAUUAAUUAUUGGUGUUCCUUCAUUAAUUUAUUUAUUUAAAUUUCUUUGGACAAGUUCAUUAUUAGUGCGGUUGAUGUUCGUUAUUUUGAUUGGCGUUGCAACGAUUGGUGUUCGAGCAAUGAUAGCAGUUACAGUGACUGAACGCGGUUCAAAAUAUGGAGAAAUACACAAAGACAAAUAA